AUGCUUGGUGUAGUGUUAAUUCUAGUUUAUUGCCUAAAUUUUUGCCAAGCUGCUGCCAUAAACAGCUCGGUUGUUUUGUCGUCGGACGGCGGUUUCACUGGACCGUUGAUUCAGAAGAAUGCCAAUACUACGAUGUUAAUAAUUGGCACAACGAGCGGCACGAGGAUCCCCGAACAAAUGCUCGAUUUUCCGGGUGCCGCCUAUGGCAACGAGGGUCCCGGCGCGUUGAGCCAGUUUGGGCGCCGUCAAAGCGUGGGCCUUGGAAUGGCUGUGCGAGCUUUUGCCCAGAAACUCGCCAAAGACUCGACGCAAGCCGAGGCCCUAUCAGGGUCUUCCCAAGCUGUUCAGGACACCAUGCAGAAAGUCUUGGAAACGCUGUACAACAACGGGACAACGCCGCAAGCUUCCGUCAACGACCAAAUGCUGCAAAUCGAGGCCGUUCAGGGGUGUGCCGCGUACGAGCAGGCAUACGGCCCAAUCCGCGACGAAACCCUGCCUACCAUGGCCGCCCAAUUCCAAAAAGAUCAGGCCCUCGCUCAGUACGUUCAUCAGAACACCGGGUGGAACUGCUCUCUACACUCCUUGACCGUAUUGGCCGACAACUUGAAGCUGAUUAACCUCGCCCGCUCCUCGUACCCCGACUGGAUCAACAACUGUUCCCUGGCCGGCGACACGAAAGAGACGUUGAUUGCAAAAAUUCUUACCUAUUCCGACUAUCAAGCAAAGACCUGUGCGGACUACGAUCCUUGCCGUCGACUGAUGGCAGGUGUUUGGCUGGAGCAUAUCGUUGGGCUGCUCGAUUCAGUGGCCGAUUCCAGCGCCCCGAAGAUUGUCCUUUAUGCUGCUGAAACAGCCCCGGUCAUGUCCACCAUGCGGUUGCUGGGCAUUCAGCAAGCAUCGCUAGAAGCAGCUUCCGGCUUCAUGCUCGAACUUCGCGCUCAGCCGGCCUCGGUCCGAAUUCUCACCCAUCAACCGCUGCUCAUCGACGGCCACGUCUUCAAGCAGCCAAUAUUU